AUUGACUUCAUUUUAUGUUUCUUGAAGGAUUCCAUUUUAAUGAUGAAGCUAACUGCUGUAUUUAUUUUAAUUGUGCGCUGUGUAUUGUCUCUCAACUACAAAACGGGUGACAACUCAACUGUUGAUGGUUGCUCAAGCCACUGUUCCAUAUAUGAUAACGAUUUAUCCUGCUUGAAUCGCACUUUGGAAUUUUAUGAACUUCUGUUGUUAGAGCAGUUAGGCAAUUUCAUCGCGGUUCAAAUUAGUAUCGAUCAGUGGUACAAAUUCCACAUGAAACAUGUGCAUCGAAAUUAUACUGAACUGAAGGAAGAAGUAGUUGCUAAACUUGCUGCAAAGUUAGUACCAGAAGAUAUCAUUAACGAAAAAACAAUCGAAACUGUAAUGACCACUUUGUUCGAAAAUGUAGAAGAAGCAAGUGAAUCGAUUGAGGAAAUUCCAUACUUCAGUUGUCCGUUACCUUGUGAGUAUCGGCACAAUAUAUGGCGUAAUAUUAGCUGCAUGGAUGGACUAGAAAAGACAUGCAAGCAAAGUCUGGUGGAGGAACUCAGUUUUUUAAAAUCUAUGUAUACAUCGGAAGAGUUAAGAGUUUACGAAUCUGAUGAUGAGGCGGAGAUUGGUCAAGUGACACAGUUAAUCAUGAACCUGCAUCUUGACGGCGCACAGUAUGAAGUUAUGAUCCAAUUAAGUGCUGAAUAUCCAGUAAUAAUGAAGCCUUCAGUAUUUGUACGAAGUUCAUCUUUCGAUUGCGAUUCUCUGAAUCGAGAACUUCGCCAUUUCAUUGAAAACGAAGUGCUUGGUACUCCUUUAAUAUGGGCAGUAAUUCAGUGGAUUAAUGAUCAUAUAAUUCAUUUUAAAGUUGCGUCUUCAACUUUAUUUUUAGGCAUUGUUUUAGCAGCCAAUUUAAAUAUAAAGUUUAUUUUAUUUUUUGGUUAUUUGAAAUAG